AACCGCACAGGGCGGAGUGGUCAUCACUGACUGAAAGUCUAUCGCGCUCCACUCACUGGCACUGUCCAUGAGAGUAAAACAAGCGCACCGGUGAAUUUAAACGCUUCACCACGACAGCCAAUCAACGCUUCGCUCGUACUUUCUCGCUCCCGAGUCGUCCAAUCAGCGUCGCCGUCCUCUUUGUUGUUAGUGAUGACAUGAGAAUAUUGUUGUUGCUGCUGGAGGCUGCAGAGACUCAGCGGUGGGAGCCGGACGGAGACAGGCUGGGUCUGAAGGUUCACAGGAGUCGAUCAGAGUCUAGAUUUCAUUUUUUUUCUUUUGUUUUCGACAUUAAAGCGCGUGAAGAGGCCAUGUCGGUGAAUAUGGACGAACUCAGGCACCAAGUGAUGAUCAAUCAGUUUGUUUUGACGGCCGGCUGCGCUGCCGAUCAGGCGAAGCAGCUCCUCCAGGCGGCCCACUGGCAGUUCGAGACGGCCUUAAGCUCCUUUUUCCAGGAGGCGAACAUCCCCAGUCACCACCACCAGAUGAUGUGUACUCCCAGAAACACUCCCGCCACGCCACCGAACUUCCCUGACGCCAUCACCAUGUUCUCCAAACUGCGGGCGACCGAGUGCGGCUCCGGCGCUGGCAACGGACCCUCCCAGGUGUCCAUGGCCUGUUCGCCCCCUGUCCCUUCCUCCACGUCAGGUUUCAGCUCCUUCUGGGCUUCUUCGCCGCCGAGCCACCAGCCGGCCUGGCUGCCCCCGUCGUCGCCCACCGGCCACCACAUGCACCAUCACCACUACCACAUGCAACAGACUCCCAUGUGGCCCCCCGUCUCUCAGCCCAGCGGCUCCCAGCAGCCCCCCGUUGUAUCGGCGCUCCACGGCCAGAGAUGAGACUGUGCACUGGGCUGCGAGGGGCAGGGAGGGAGGCCUGGGCGGCUGGUUCACAUGUAGCCAAAUGAAUCUGUUUUGGGAGCAGGAGGGUGGGAGGGGGGUGGGGGGUGGUUAUGUGUGGAAUGAGAGGAAGAGCCCUUAUGGAAAAAGACAAAGACACUGCUGUUUUCUUCUCUUGUUUUUCUAAACUGAAGACGAGCAGCUUUUCCUCUCCGUCUUCAUCACGUCAUCAUCCAAGCCGAGGAAGAACCUGGAGGUCACUGACAACACUGAUAAACUUCAAGCCGGACACUCUGAACCCAAAAUCUUUUUUUCUUUAUCAUCGAUGCAACCAAGCCCAGGACCCAUCAGAGCACUUACCGAGGAUAGGAGCCAUGUGAUCUGCUGAAGUGCUUUGUGAUUCUUAUUUUGUAGAAACUCUUCUUUCAUAGGGUUCACAAAUAAUCAGGCAGGACGUCGGCAAUAACCAGCAGAUAAACAAACAGGUUCACAGGAGGAUGUGGAGGAACUGGCCUCUGUAGAUCACGGGUGUGUAUUCACACUGCAGCCACACGGCUUCAUUUACCGCCAUAAGAUGCUUCUUACAGUGAAACUUAAACUUAACUGUUCAUGUUGAAAGAGGCUGACAGCUCCGGUAUGAGCCUCUCAUGUGUGAACUUUACCUUUGAGUCACAGAGUCAAGAAUCUAAUUCUCUAAAAUAUAUAUUCUCUAAAAAACCCAGGAGCUCAUUUAAAAACACUUGCUGUUCUGAAGAUAUUCUCUAACCACAGGGAUGAAAAAAAUAUUCUGUCGGCUGCACGACACAAAACAGUUUUGUCACAUAUCCAAACAAAGACGCUGGAAACUAAACUCAAUUUGUAUGGCGUGAAACCAAAUUUAAAAACAAACUUCAUCAGUUACGUAGGUCUAUUUUGAUCUUAUAAUGACUAUAACAUCAUUUUAUAAGGUGUUUACAUGAUACUGUAAAUUAACGAUGCAGAACACUGCUUAUACAUUUUUAAAUAAUAUAAACAAAAUCCAAAAAUAAAGAAAUCAAUCAAUAAUCAGAUUGUCAGACCUUCAAGUCUUCAAUUAAAUUCAUAAAUCAUUUACAAACAUUCAGUAUUAAACAGGAGAAACUGUAGUGCAAUACUGUUUUAAUAAUACAUCUUUUUAAUUAUUUAAUUAUCUUUUUCAGGCUUAAAACCUCAAAAUUGAACAACCAAUCAGAUUUUCAUAACAUUCAGAAUAUUUAAGGGGUUUACAGUAUAAAGGAAAACAUGACAUCUUUGAUCUUGGAUUUGACGAGAUCUUUUCAAACCAUUUUUCAUUUUCUUUACUCCAAAGAAACAUGAUCAUUUAUUGUUAACUAACAUUUUAAAUACACAAUCCACAUUAUAUUUCAGUAUCUUAAAUUUUCACACAUAAUACUUUUGUUGUAUUGUGCAAAAAAGAUGUGUCCUUUUUGGCAGCUGACUUUAAAUCUCAGUUUCUGAAUAUAGGAUGUGUGCAUUUCUCUGUGGACUGAGCACUUUGAUACUUUCAAAGUAUUAAUAUAGAACCAAGACCUGCUUUAUAAUCAAAGAACACAUGGAAAUCUCACUUUAUACUAUAUGGGACCUUUAAAUGAGCCUCUGGGUAAAGCUGCUCUCUGUGAUUCAGAUGUCACGUGGACACAUGAGACAUGAAAUGUGGUUAGUUUGAGUCGAAGAAAAACAUGGUGAAUGAGAAGAGUUGUAAUGUAAAGUAGUGAUCGAUGACUUUGGUAGAAGGGCACAGUUUGCAAUAAUCAGAUUAUCUGGAAACGGAGAGCUGCCACGUUUCUGAUGUUCUUGUUUCGGAUCAUUUCAGAGAGAGACUGUAAGAGCAGAUUUUUUUUUUUUUUUUUUUUUUUUUUUUAGCUGCAGAUUCAGCAGGACGCUCGUUUUUAAUUCUCCUGAGUGCUGGUGUGGAGGCUCCAGCCAGAAACCUUGCUAAUUGAUUUCCUCUUCAGUUUGAUAAUGAGAGGCAGUUGUAAAUAAAACCUCAGCUAGAAGAUUUCAGUAACGCUGACGAUGACACACAGAUGAACUCACACACACACAUUAAUCUGAUUUGAAAAUAUUUUAACGUAGAUGGGCAACGAGCUGCCGGUGCCUCCACCGUGUGUGUGUGUGUGUGUGUGUGUGUGUGUGUGUGUGGGGGGGGGGGGGGGGUUCAGAGGCCGACUCAGUGAUUUUCCACACAACCUUUCAGACGCUCAACCACUCCUACCUCUGUCUGUCUGAAUGGGAGAGGCCCCACAUGUGCUCUGAAUGUAUUCACAGACAGGAUCAGAGGGUUUAAACAAGUAGAAACUGAACUGACGACUGUUCACACCAGAGCUGGAUGCAUCUGUGUCUCCUCAGACCUGAUAUCAAUUCAGUACAGAAUCCUGAAUGAUUGUUAAGAUCCACAAAAUAACCUCAACAAGACUCCUUUUUUUGUUCCCAUUUAUGACACAACGUAAAAAAAGAAUCACCUGUAGAUUAGUCUCAAGUUUUAGUUUUGAAAAAGGAAAACGUCACCUUCACCUCACGAUCACGAGAGAUAGAGGAGGAGUCAUCGUCGACAUCAGGGAGAGACGGGACGCAGACACAAAGAUAGAAAUCUUUUUUUUAAAAACAGGUUUUGUUCUUGAGCUUCACACAGACAAUCAACUCUUUCCUGUUUCUCUAUGAUUUUCUGUUGUUAUUGUCCAGCAGGGGGUUUGUACCUGUUCACUUUUAGUACACCACCAAGUGACCACUGUUUCUCUCGAGGGGGAGUUGGGGCAGCGAUAUCACAGCUGUUAUUCUCCCUUCAUGACGUUGCUCUAUGAUGAGAUUAUAUUUUAAUGUCUGAAACAAAAAUGAAUCAAAUCAUCUGUGACGCAAAGGAAAAAUCUGCUCUGAAACACUGUUAGAAAACCAGAGGUCUGAUGUAUAUUACUUUUCUGGACUCAUUUUAGUUUUGUGACUUUUUCAUAUUCAUGUUUGAGCUGCGUAAAUUUCUCAAAGAGCAGCACAGCUUCUUUCAAAAGGAGGCAGACAUGUUUACUAAAGGACGUUCUUGCUCCUCCUCUGGGUCACUGACCUCCUUUAUAGGACCAUACAUGUGUUUUUGCAACUUUAAUAAUAUGUAAACGUUACAUUUUUAUUGGGACUUCUGAAGACAAAUGGGACGGUUUUAUAUUUUUAGAUUAUUUUUCCGUUGUUCAUGGAGGCUGUGGACUGGCAUCAGCUGACUUUAGUCAUGUGAUCAAUCACAGUGAACAUUAAUGUAGUUAAACUCUCAUCUCUCAGGCUGUAGUUGGGGAUUAUCUUCAUUAUUGAUUAAUCCGCCUAUUAAUUCUGUGGUUUGUAAAACAAUAGAAAACUGUGAAAAAUGCUCAUCAUCAUCAUCAUCGUCAAAUGUCUUCUUUUCUUUCUUCUUUUUUUUGUGCAAGCUACAGUCCAGAACCAAAACAUGUUCAGUUUAAAGUUAGAACCAUCAAAUGUUUGGUUUGAAAAGUGACUAUUAAAACAGCUGAUUAGUUCUCUGUCCAUUGAUGGAUCGUUGUAGCUCAAAUGAAAUCUGAUAACAAUGAUGUUCACUGUGAUGGAUUACACAACUAUGAACAGGAUUUCAUCCCACACUAAAAACAAUGGAGGUCUGGAGUGGUAAAAGAAAAAAAAAUUUCGAGAAUGGUUAUAAAAAUGUUGAGAGGUGAUUUGUGUUAAACGUUCAAACAUUUCCUAGCUUUGUUAUGGUCCUGUGAUCAUCAGUGUUCUGUGACCUGAGGGCGGAUUUUUCCUUUAAAUCAAACUUCAGUGGUUUGUGGACAAGUCAAGGCAAAACAUGGAGUUUAUAAAAUCCUCCUGACUCCUGAGUGAUUUGUUGUUGGUGACAGGAUGUGUUGUCUGCUGUAAUGCAGAUUCACUGCUGUGUGUAUUAAACGAGCUGUACGGGGGGGGGGGUCUUUUUCUGAGCUUCCUGCAGCGUGGAUUACUGCUUUAGCUCUGUUAUGGAAAUCCAUGCAGCGUUGGAGGCUGAUUACUGUUUGUCAUGGAGUUUCUCACCAUGUUUUAGACAGAAAAACACAGCUGAUAUGUCCCAGCUGCCCUCAAGGUUUCACAAACUGGGCAAUGAUUUCUUAAAGACAGUUUACCUCCCAUUCAAGAUUUCUUUUUCUUUUUUUUUUGCUCUUAUCACUUGGAUGACGGUAUUUUUUUCUCAUGGACCCUCAGAAAUUCACUCUGUUCUAAUCCAUGGCUCUUUUCUAGAGAUUUUUCUCAAGUACUUUGUUCAUUUCCUCUGUUGAAAUUUGUAUUUAUAUGUUUAAUAAAACAAGGUAUGAUCUGC